GAGUCCGUAAUGCAGAUGGCAAACAGGUUGCCAUGAAAUAUUUAGACAAGGAUCAGCAUGACAAGUUCAUCACCAUUCCUGGACAGACACAGCGCUUCCCUCGGGAGGUAGCUUUAAUGCAAAUGGUAUCCAAGCCGUAUCGCUGUGAGAAUGUGCUGGAGCUGAUAGAAUGGUUCGAGAUGUCCGAUGGCUAUGUCUUGAUCUUGGAGCGACCCAGCCCCUGCAUGGACCUCUAUCAGUUCCAAAAAAGUUACAAAUGUCGACUGUCAGAACCACUGGCUCAAAUAAUCAUGCGUCAGGUGGUUCAGGCCGCACGCCAUUGCUGUGACUGUGGUGUCCUUCACCGUGACAUCAAGGCAGAGAAUCUUCUCGUCAACACUGACACACUGGUAGUGAAGCUGAUUGACUUUGGCUGUGGUGAUUUGCUGAAGGACACCCCCUACACGAGUUAUGAAGGCACUUGGUCUUUCUUCCCUCCUGAGUGGAUAUGUGAGCGAGAGUAUUUGGGUCGUCCUGCCACCAUCUGGAGUCUGGGUGUUCUCCUGUUCAGCUUGGUGUGUGGAUACUUGCCCUUUAAUUACUUGGAUGACAUUGUUGAACAAAAAAUGCACGUGGCUCCUGAUCUGUCUAGAGGUUGCCGUGAUCUGAUAUUUUGGUGUCUGGAGCGAGACCCUCACUCUCGGCCAACGUUCAAGGAAAUCCUCAGACAUGAAUGGUUAACGGAACCUCAGAACAAAGUCAAGGACCUAAUGAAAAUUCAGAAACCGGCUCUUCAUCUUCCCCCUCUGGAGAGCCACAUUACACGAUGGGAGGUGUUUGAGUCACUGUACACUCCAGGAGACAUGCUGGGAGAAGGAGUUUUUGGGACUGUCUGCGCAGGAGUCCGUAAUGCAGAUGGCAAACAGGUUGCCAUGAAAUAUGUGGCCAAGCAUGAACAUGACAAGUUCAUCACCAUUCCUGGAGAGACAAAGUGCCGUCCUCUGGAGGUAGCAUUAAUGGAAAUGGUAUCCAAGCCGUUUCGUUGUGAGAAUGUGCUGGAGCUGAUAGAAUGGUUUGAGAUGUCAGAUGGCUACGUCUUGAUCUUGGAGCGACCCAGCCCCUGCAUGGACCUCCAUCAGUUCCGAAAAAGUCAAGAAGGUCGACUGUCAGAACCACUGGCUCAAAUAAUCAUGCGUCAGGUGGUUCAGGCUGCACAUCAUUGCUGUGACUGUGGUGUCCUUCACCGUGAUAUUAAGGCAGAGAAUCUUCUCAUCAACCCUGACACACUGGAAGUGAAGCUGUUCAACUUUGGCUGCGGCGAUUUGCUGAAGGACACCCCCUACACGAGUUAUGAAGGCACUUGGUCUUUCUUCCCUCCUGAGUGGAUAUGUGAGCGAGAGUAUUUGGGUCGUCCUGCCACCAUCUGGAGUCUGGGUGUUCUCCUGUUCAGCUUGGUGUGUGGAUACUUGCCCUUUAAUUACUUGGACGACAUUGUUGAACAAAAAAUGCACAUCGCUUCUGAUCUGUCUAGAGGUUGCCGUGAUCUGAUAUUUUGGUGUCUGGAGCGAGACCCUCACUCUCGGCCAGCGUUCAAGGAAAUCCUCAGACAUGAAUGGUUAACGGAACCUCAGAACAAUGGCAAGAACCCAAAGAAAAGUGAGAAACCUGCUCAUCAACUAACUCCUCCGGAGAGCCAUAUUACACAAUGGGAGGUGUUUGAGUCACUGUACACUCUGGGAGAGAUGCUGGGAGAAGGAGGUUUUGGGACUGCCUGCGCAGGAGUCCGUAAUGCAGAUGGCAAACAGGUUGUCAUGAAAUAUGUGGCCAAGCAUCAACAUGACAAGUUCAUCACCAUUCCUGGAGAGACACAGUGCCGUCCUCUGGAGGUAGCAUUAAUGGAAAUGGUAUCCAAGCCAUUUCGUUGUGAGAAUGUGCUGGAGCUGAUAGAAUGGUUUGAGAUGUCAGAUGGCUACGUCUUGAUCUUGGAGCGACCCAGCCCCUGCAUGGACCUCCAUCAGUUCCGAAAAAGUCAAGAAGGUCGACUGUCAGAACCACUGGCUCAAAUAAUCAUGCGUCAGGUGGUUCAGGCUGCACAUCAUUGCUGUGACUGUGGUGUCCUUCACCGUGACAUUAAGGCAGAGAAUCUUCUCAUCAACCCUGACACACUGGAAGUGAAGCUGAUCGACUUUGGCUGUGGCGAUUUGCUGAAGGACACCCCCUACAUGAGUUAUGAAGGCACUUGGUCUUUCUUCCCUCCUGAGUGGAUAUGUGAGCGAGAGUAUUUGGGUCGUCCUGCCACCAUCUGGAGUCUGGGUGUUCUCCUGUUCAACUUGGUGUGUGGAUACUUGCCCUUUAAUUACUUGGACGACAUUGUUGAACAAAAAAUGCACGUGGCUCCUGAUCUGUCUAGAGGUUGCCGUGAUCUGAUAUUUUGGUGCCUGGAGCGAGACCCUCACUCUCGGCCAACGUUCAAGGAAAUCCUCAGACAUGAAUGGUUAACGGAACCUCAGAACAAAGUCAAGUACCCAAUGAAAAGUGGGAAACCUGCUCAUCAGCUUCCUCCUCCGGAGAGCCACAUUACACGAUGGCAGGAGUUUGAGUCACUGUACACUCCGAGAAAGUUGCUGAGAGAAAGAGGCUUCGGGACUGCCUGCACAGGAGUCCGUAUCGCAGAUGGCAAACAGGUUGCAAUUAAAUAUCUGAAAAAGAGACAGAACACCAAAUUCAUCACCACUCCUGGAGAGACACUGUGCCGUCCUCUGGAGGUAGCAUUAAUGGAAAUGGUAUCCAAGCCAUUUCGCUGUGAGAAUGUGCUGGAGCUGAUAGAAUGGUUCGAGAUGUCAGAUGGCUAUGUCUUGAUCUUGGAGCUACCCAGCCCCUGCAUGGAUCUGCAGAAAUUCCUCAAACAUCACAAAGGUCGAUUGUCAGAAGCACUGGCUCAGGUAAUCAUGCGUCAGGUGAUUCAGGCUGUUCGUCACUGCUGUGACUGUGGUGUCCUUCAACAUGACAUCAAGUUAGAGAAUCUUCUCAUCAACCCUGACACACUGGUAGUGAAGCUGAUCAGCUUUGGCUGUGGCGAUUUGCUGAAGGACACCCCCUACACGAGUUAUGAAGGCACUUGGCCUUGCGUCCCGCCUGAGUGGGUAUGUGAAAGAGAGUAUUUGGGUCGCCCUGCUACCAUGUGGAAUCUGGGCGUUCUCCUGUUCAACUUGGUAUGCGGAUACUUGCCCUUUCAUAAUGAGGACGGCACUGUUGAUCAGAAGAUGCACUUCUUUUCUGGCCUGUCUGCAAGUUGCUACAAUCUGAUAUGGUGGUGUCUGGACCUGGACCCUGACUCUCGGCCAACCUUUGAGGAAAUCCUCAGCCAUGAAUGGUUUAAAAUGCUUCAAAACUAAGUCCAGGUUGCUGCUUGCUGUGGAUGGACCCACAUGGAUACCUUAAACAUUGCUCUUACCAAAAUAGUUUAUGUCCAAAUUUCACCCUCGAUUGUCCAAU